GUAUAUGUAAAAGUAUAUUUGUGCGAUAAUGAAAUUGUGAGACGGACACUCGAGCAAAAAGAAAAGAGGUGUUUCCUCGAUUUGCCGAAAAUCAACGUUUGUUCCCGAAUCGUCACUCGUCGUAUAUAUAAAUGAAAUGAGUGGGGACAGGCAUGAAGACGAGAAUGAUUGAGACCAGUUUAUAAAAUUAUAGUCCAGCGUUUAGGACGUUUUUCUUUCGCCAUUUUUAAUGUCUCGCGCAGAACCUUAAGAGUGGCGAAUUUAUACAAAUGGCAGAAAGUUUAUAUUCGAAGAGUCUUCCCUAACUUUUAUUGACGGCGAACCAGAGCAACAAUUCGAUCUCCUGAUCAGCGUGCAUCAGAAUAUAAGCUGUGGAGAAGAAUUUUAAUUUAUACUCUGAUGAAUUCGUAAAUUGGGUAUGCAUACUUUGACUGGGAACAAGGCUCAACAUCAUCUCGUCCUCUCACCUAAAAAAACGUUCGACUAAAGGAAAAAUCUUUAUCGAUAUUGAAAAUGACAGUCUACGCGAAAACCUGGGAAGAAUACGCCAAAGGAGAAAUCCGACUUGCAAAAUGGCAACAGAAAAACGAAUUGGAACAAAGCAUAGAACGAUUAGAAAAAGAAAUCAUAUGGGAGGAAAAAUCCUUAAUCAACAAAAAAACGACACUCCAAAGACUACAAAUAUCAUUGACAAAAUUAAAUAGAGAAAUAAGAAACAAUGAAAUAUUAAAAGAAGAAAAUUCAUCCGAAGAUUCCUCCUAUGACUCAUCAGACGACUCGACAAGCUCUAAAAAAAUUACAAUCUACGAACGAAGCAUCCAGGAAAACAUCGAGGAAAUUAUCGAAGAAAAUAUCGUGGGAAAUAUCAAGGAUAACGUUCAGGAAAACAUCGAGGAAAUUAUCGAAGAAAAUAUCGUGGGAAAUAUCGAGGAUAACGUCAAAGAAAAUAUCGAGGAAAUCAUCGGAGAAAAUAUCGUGGAAAACAUCCAGGAAAAUAUCGAGGAAAAUUUGGAGGAAAUAAUCGAAAACAAUAUCGAAGAAAAUUUGGAGGAAAUUAACGAAAAUAACAUCGAAGAAGACCAAAAUAGAGAAACAAUAGAAGACGACCAACCAGAGGAAAUAGAUGCGACCGACGCGCUAAAAUCGAGAAAAACUGGGAAGAAAAAUCGAGCCAAGAAAGAGAAUGGAAGGAGUUGAAAGAGGCCAAUCAGAGGGAACUCGAGGAGUUUCUAGAAAAUCUUAACAAAAACUAGAAAUAAAACAAAAGUCAAAGUCUAUUACACGGAAAAAAAAUCAGCCUAAUAAUGCAUGGAGUCUAUUGGUUCGAUUUUUACAUGAGCCCAUUUUGCAAAUAUCACACAGGAGUUUACUAAAAAUGCAUGGCUUUUGUGACUUUUGCCACAGCACCAUGCGAAAAUAGGAUGGAUUCCAAGCUAAUCACGCAUGGUAAUGUGCGUGCAAUAUACACAACAGACGCUCAUGUGUUUUUAGCCUAGUAUUUUUUUCCGUGUAUAAAGUCCAACUUUCUUUUUUCUCUCAGUCAAAGCAGUUUUUUUUACGUUAUAACGGACAUGUACAAUAUUUACUGUACCUUCGUAAGACUUAUGACACUUGUAUCCUUAUUUUUUUUCUUAUUAUUUCUUUGCAAAAUUUUUCUCAUCACAUUAUUUUUCUUUUCUCAAGAUUAAUUACACAAAUCGGU